AUGGAGAGAGGUGAGAGACAAGUGGUUGAUGCAACAACACCUGAGAUAUUCCGCUCUUCACUUCAUUCAUCGUCAUCAUCCCCAUCAAUCACUGUUACAAUCAGCUCAAACGAAACAAUCAAGGAAUCUCUAACUUCAAAUCAGACUAGACUUCCCCCUUCAUCGCUACAUCUUUAUCUCAGAAGUUUUUGCAACAAAACCAUCGAAAACCCAGAUGCAUUCAAUCACCAAAUCAUCACUGACGCGGAGAAGCUCUGCAAAAUCAUCUCAACUCAUCGUGAUACUUCACGACUAGAGUCUUUGUUGAACUCCACUCAAAUUGAACUCUCUCCCGCUCUUGUUGUCGAGGUUCUGAAAAAACUGAGUAAUGCCGGAGUUUUCGCACUUUUUUUCUUCAGAUGGGCAGAGAAACAAAACGGGUUCAAACAUACUUCAGAUAGCUACGACGCCUUAAUCGAAGCUCUAGGAAAGAUCAAACAGUUCAAGGUUAUAUGGAGCUUGGUUAAUGACAUGAAAAUUAAAGGGGUACUGGGCAAAUCAACAUUUGCUUUGAUUUCGAGGAGGUACGCCAGAGCAAAGAAAGUGAAAGAAUCCAUAGAGGCAUUCGAGAGGAUGGAGAAGUUCGGAUUGAAGCCUGAACUCCAUGAUUACAACAGGUUUCUCGAUACUCUAUGCAAGUCAAGACAAGUUGAGAGUGCACAGCAAGUGUUUGAUAAAAUGAAAAAGACAAAAUUCAAACCAGAUAUAAAGUCGUACACCAUUCUCUUAGAAGGUUGGGGUCAAGACAUGAAUCUACUGAAACUAGAUGAAGUUUACAGAGAAAUGAAAGGCGAUGGAUUCGAACCAGAUGCUGUUGCUUAUGGAAUCAUCAUAAACGCUUAUUGCAAAGCAAAAAAGUAUGAUCAAGCAAUCAACAAGUUUGAUGAGAUGAAAUCAAAGAAUAUAAAUCCAACCCCACAUAUAUAUUGCACUUUAAUCAACGGGUUAGGCUCCGAAAAGAGAUUAAACGAAUCUUUAAUGUUCUUCGAGCUAUCAAAGUCUUGUGGGCACUUACCAGAAGCUCCAACUUACAAUGCAAUGGUGGGGUCUUACUGUUGGUCAAUGCAAAUGGAUGAUGCUUUCAUGGUGAUUGAAGAUAUGAGGAGAUAUGGUAUUGGGCCAAAUUCGCGUACUUUUGACAUAAUUCUUCAUCAUCUUGUGAAAGAUCGAAGAACGAAAGAGGCUUAUAGUGUUUUCAAACGGAUGAAAGAUGAGUUUGGAUGUGAGCCAAGUGUGAGUACUUAUGAGAUCAUGGUGAGGAUGUUUUGUAAUGAAGGUAGGGUUGAUAUGGCGAUAGGUGUUUGGGAAGAGAUGAAGGAUGAAGGAGUUUUACCAGGUAUGCAUAUGUUUUCUACUUUGAUUGACAGUUUGUGUCGAGAGAAAAAGUUGCAGGAUUGUUGUAAGUAUUUGGAAGAGAUGAUGGAUAUGGGGAUAAGGCCACCUGGACUGAUGUUUAAUAGAUUGAAAAAAGCUCUUGUUGAUGAAGGGAAGGAGGAUGUUGUGAUGAUGUUGACUCGUAGGCUUGAGAAAUUGAGAACACUUUUGGUGGUUAGUUGA